AUGAAUUAAUUAAAAAACUUAAACUAUGUCAAGCCAAAUUUAUCUUUUCUAGAUCAUCAGAAAAAAAUUGUUUAUGACUUUAAAAUUUUUUAGUUUUUCCCCAAAAAAACCUCAUUUCAUCAUUUCAUCAUGUAAGCAAAACGACUGGGGGAAGAUAUAAAAGAAAGUAAAACUGUUAUUUCAUGUAUCUAAUAAAAUCGCUUUGUGCCAUCUUAAGAAUUAUACCAACUAUGUGUGAAAAGUUUAAUAAUUAAUAUGAUUGACAAAAAUAUUUAAUAGCUUGUGUAAUUCGAAGAGAUGGAUUAUUUUAAAAUCCCUGAUCCUGGUGAAUAUAAUACCGUUAAAUACACAAAUAGCAUUCCUAGCUAUAAGUACUUAAAAUGAUUAUAAAAGAUUUGGAAAAGAAUAAAAAUUGAAAAUGGGAUCAAAAUCUACAACCCCUUCUCCUUCUGAUUAUUACACUCCAUAUACAUUUACAUAAAAAAAUAUAUUUCGGUAACCUCAAGUAGCUAAAAUUAGGUUUGGAAGAGAAAGAAGAUAAUAAUUUUAGAUUAAUAAUGUACCAGGAGUUGGAAAAUAUAAUUUAUAACUUGUUUAUGGAAAUAAUAAAGGUGUGACUUUUGGAAGGAAUUUAUAGGUGAUAGAUAAGGAAAUGUAAAUCAUAUGAUCGAUAUUUAGAAACUAAUUUAACGAAAAGAUGUAAAAAGUAGGAUAAUGGAAUGAAAAAAGAAGGUAAAGUAAUAAUUAUCUUGUUUUUAGCAACUUUACUUUCAAAGGAAAAUAUGUAAAUGGUAAAAAAGUUGGAAGAUGGGAUAUCUAUUUUAGAAGAAGGGAGUAUGAACCAUUUGAAAUGAUGUAAAUAUUGAAAGUAAUUUUUAUAGUGGUGGCGGAUCAUAUUACUUAGAUAAUUAUGAUCAAUAGCAAAAUUGGAAGGAUGGGAAAUGGAUUGAGUUGAGUGAUGGAUUUAAAAAGUAUUAAAAAAAGAAAUUAUAUUAUUAUAGGGACAGCUAAGUGACGCAUAAUGGUGAAUAUAAAAACGGAAACAAAGUUGGUAAAUGGGAUAUCUUUUAUAGACUUUAAGAUAAAAAGGAAUUUGAAUAAAUGUAACUGUUAAUUUUAAGUGAUAGUGGUGGUGGAUCAUAUAAAGAAGGAGAGGAAAAUUAAAAAGAUGGAAAAUGGAUUGAAUUGAGUGAUGGAUUUAAAGAGUAUCGAUUAGGAUUAACUUAAUGUAGUUAAAUUCAAAUUACUUAUAAUGGUCAAUAUAAAAAUGGGAAAAAAGUAGGUAGAUGGGAUGAAAAUACGAAUGGAUAAUUAACCAAUAUAUAGAUAUUUUAGUUAGAUUAACCGUUAACUAGUUUUUUAUUUGAUGAAUUCAACUAAAAAACUGGAUCAUGGAUUGAGUGGGAAGGGUUUUUAAUUUAUUAUUUAUUUUACUUUUUUUAUUAGUAACCUUUAUUCUACUGGUGAAUAUAAAAACGGGAAAAGAAUUGGUGAAUGGGAUAUUUUUUGGAGAUUAGAUUAAAAGAAAUCAUUUGAAAAAAUGUAAUUAAGAAUUUUUAUGAGUAGCGGGGGCGGAUUGUAUGAUAUUGAAGGAGAAAAAGAAUAAUAUGGAAAUUAAAAAGUUGGAAAAUGGAUUGAAUUGAGUGAUGAUUUUAAAUUGUAUUAGAAAAAAUUAUGUUAAUUAUAGGGAUAGUUAAGUAACAUACAAUGGUGAAUAUAAAAAUGGUAAAAAGGUUGGUAGUUGGGAGGUUUAUUGGAGGAUGGAUUUUAAGAAACCGUAAGUUCAGAUGUAUUAAUAUUUUUUAUUUUAGCGGUGGCGGAUCAUAUAAACUACCAGAAAACGAAAAACUAUUAAGUUAAAAAGAUGGGAAAUGGAUUGAAUUGAGUGAUGGAUAUAAAUUGUAUUGGAAAUAAAAUUAUUUUAAUUAUAGGGAUAGUUAAGUAACAUACAAUGGCGUAUAUGAAAAAGGUAAAAAGGUUGGAAGAUGGGAUAUUUUCUGGAGGGUCGAUUAGAAAAGACCACUUGAAAUAAUGUAUAUAUCAAAAGAUCAUUGUUUUAGUGGUGGUGGAACAUAUUAUGAAGAUCAUAGCAAUGUAAAGCAAAAUUGGAAGGAUGGAAAAUGGAUUGAGUUGAGUGAUGGAUUUAAAAAGUAUUAAAAAAAGAAAUUAUAUUAUUAUAGGGACAGCUAAGUGACGCAUAAUGGUGAAUAUAAAAACGGAAACAAAGUUGGUAGAUGGGAUAUCAUUUAUAGACAUUCAGAUAAAAAGGAAUUUGAAUAAAUGUAACUGUUAAUUUUAAGUGAUAGUGGUGGUGGAUCAUAUAAAGAAGGAGAGGAAAAUUAAAAAGAUGGAAAAUGGAUUGAAUUGAGUGAUGGAUUUAAAGAGUAUUGAAAUUUCAACCUACUUUUAUUUAUUAUAGUUCGAGUUAAGUUAUAUACAAAGGUGAAUAUAAAAAUGGUAUUAAGGUUGGUAGGUGGGAUGUGUUGUUUAGACAAUUAAAAACGUUUGAAUAAAUGUAAGUAAUUUUAUUUAAUUUAUUUAGCGGAGGUGGAUCAUACAAUGAUCGAAUAGAAUAAUAUGGAAAGGUUAAUUAAAAAAAUGGAAGAUGGGUUGAGUUGAGUGAUACCUUUUAAUAGUAUAAAACAGAAUUAUAUAAUUUCUAUAAUAGUUCAAAUUAGGUUACUUAUAAUGGGGAGUAUAAAAAUGGUAAAAAGGUUGGUAGAUGGGAUAUUUUUUAUAAAUAUUAUUAUGAAGGUUGGAAAAUUGAAAAAAUGUAAUUUUUUUAUUCCUAAUUAAUUAUAAAGUGGAGGCGGAUCAUAUGACGUUAUUGGAGAAGUUAUGGAGGGAUAGGUACAUCAAAAAAAUGGAAAAUGGAUUGAGUUAAGUGAUCAUUUUGAUAGGUAUAGGAAUUUUAAAUAAAUAUUUACUGUUAUAGUUCAAAUUAAGUUACUUAUGUUGGAGAAUAUAAAAAUGAUUAGAAAGUGGGUAGAUGGGAUAUCAUUUAUAAAUAUUAUUAUGAAGGUUGGAAAAUUGAAAAGAUGUAAUUUUUUUAUUUCUAUUUCUAAAGUGGAGGUGGAUUAUAUGAUGAGAAUGGAGAAAAUUAGGAUGCAUAGGGAAAUCAAAAAAAUGGAAAAUGGAUUGAGUUGAGUGAUAGUUUCAAUAAGUAUUAGAUAUUUAAAUAUUUAUUUUAAAAAAAAAUAGUUAUUGUUAAGUGACUUAUAAAGGUGAUUAUACAGAUGGUAAAAAAGUUGGUAGAUGGGAUUAGAUGAAAAGAGAUGAGAAAAAUAUUAAUGAAGGAUUUAUAAAGAUGUAACAAUGUUCAAAUUAAUAAAUAUAAAAUAGUGGAGAAUAAAAUUAUGACAAUGAUUUGAAUUAAAUAAAACAAUCUCAAUUAAAAAAGAAUGAGUGA